CAGCCGUGUCGAUGGAGGAGCACGAAGUACAAGUGGGCACAGUUUUAUCAUAAAUAUCGCGUUUAAAUAACAAUUGCCCUUAAAUAAAUUGUAUGCUUCACAUCGGCACAACACGAAACCAAUAUAUCAACUGCAACAGCGUUGUAGUUUGAGGUAAUUAUGAUUGUUUUAGCUAACGUUACAUGGACUUUUCUCUGCGACUUUUCCCAGCUCGCUACCUAGCUGUUAGCAUUACCAAGCUCAACAGUCGAGAUCCUCUGUCCGGUUUUGGUGUGUUAAAAUGUGCAAUAAUGCUAAGUAUUUGUAACUAACAGCUGGUUGUUAGUGUGGGUGCGUUUGCAACAUAGUGUAGAGUGUCCAAUCAAACACGCAUCUUUUGACCAAUGGGUCAAAUAAUAUGAUAAUUGUGUAGAUAACGCUAAGAAAACCAAUGGUCCAAAACCUCAUGUCUAUCAAAAUCUUUUCAAAAGUUUUGUUUUUACGCUGGUAGGAUGACUAGAAUUAGGGUGACUACAUCAAUGGAGGCUAGAGGAAAAAAGUGGUCAAAAAUCUGGAUUCUGUGCAAGAUUUACAGUAAUUAGGGUGACUGGCAGGCUCACUUUCCCGUCAUCUUUCUAAUCGAAUCCGCAGGACAUAAAACGAUAUGGAGGUCAAAUUGAUAUUAAUUUAGACAUGACGGGUAGUAUUUAUAUAUUUUAGUAUACGGUUUUCAUAUUAAUUCGAAAUUCUUGUUCUUUUUCCGAAGAUUACUCAAAAACAAUCGUAUUUGUGAAAUGUCAGCGGAGCACUGAGCGUUUUAUUUCAAAGCCUUUUAUAUUUAAUUCAGCUCGUGUGAUGCUAAUUUAGGUGUUUGCGACUCGCGGAAACAACUUUGAAGACGACAACCACAAGAUGGAAAAUCCUCAAGUUUUUACGAGAAACCUACAACGAUGAGAAACCUGCAUCGAUGGCAAGAGUUACGGAUGUAUUAGGUUACGAAAUCUGACUUUUUGGAUAUAGUGCUAAUGAUAUGUUAGAGAGAGACCCCACUGAACGAUUCAGAAAAUUUAAUGAUAAUAUCUGUCUUGGUAAAAUGUAUUUUGUAACAUAAGGAAGUGACAUUUCAUCACCAAAGCGUGUUUUCACCCACUGGACACCAUAUAGUGUUAGCACAUACUUUCUAAACCCAGCGGCGCAACAUCCCGAGAACCGGGAACGCUUGCAAAACAGAUCAAACAGACCAGGCCGGGAAUUGAGAAGUAAAUUAUAUAAGCGUUUUUUCCCUUUAGUAGUUAAUUUUCUCAAUCUAAAGGCACAACCUAGAUUCGAGCCAAUGGCUUAAGUGUCAAUCAAAUUGACGGUACAGUUGAAACCGGGGUUCAUCCGUGAAGAGAACACUUCUCCAGCGUUCUUGUGUCCAUCAAAGGUGGGCAUUUGCCCACUGAAGUCGGUUACGACACCGAGCCUCAGUCAGGUCAAGACCCUGGUGAGGACGACGAGCACGCAGAUGAGCCAGUCAGGUCAAGACCCUGGUGAGGACGACGAGCACGCAGAUGAGCCAGUCAGGUCAAGACCCCGGUGAGGACGACGAGCACGCAGAUGAGCCAGUCAGGUCAAGACCCUGGUGAGGACGACGAGCACGCAAAUGAGCCAGUCAGGUCAAGACCCUGGUGAGGACGACGAGCACGCAGAUGAGCCAGUCAGGUCAAGACCCUGGUGAGGACGACGAGCACGCAGAUGAGCCAGUCAGGUCAAGACCCUGGUGAGGACGACGAGCACGCAAAUGAGCCAGUCAGGUCAAGACCCUGGUGAGGACGACGAGCACGCAGAUGAGCCAGUCAGGUCAAGACCCUGGUGAGGACGACGAGCACGCAGAUGAGCCAGUCAGGUCAAGACCCUGGUGAGGACGACGAGCAGAUGAGCUUCCCUGAGACAGUUUGUGCUGAUAUUCUUCGGUUGUGCAAACCCACAGUUUCAUCAGCCGUCCGGGUGGCCGGUCUCAGACCAUCCCGCCGGUGGAAAAGCCAGAUGUGGAGGUCCUGGGUUGGCGUGGUUACACGUGGUCUGCGCUUGAGGCCGGUUGGACGUACUGCCAAAUUCUCUCAAAUGACUUAUGGUAGAGAAAUUAACAUUAAAUUCUCUGGCAACUGCUUUGGUGGAUAUCCCUGAAGUCAACAUGCCAAUUGCACGCUCCCUCAACUUGAGACAUCUGUGGCAUUGUGUUGUGUGACAAAACUGCACAUUUUAGUGGCCUUUUAUUGUCCCCAGCACAAGGUGCACCUGUGUAAUGAUGAUGCUGUUUAAUCAGCUUCUUGAUAUUCCACACCUGUUAGGUGGAUGGAUUAUCUUGCCAAAGGAGUAAUGCUCACUAACAGACAUGUAAACAAAUUUGUGCACAACAUUUUAGAGAAAUACGCUUUUUGUGCGUAUGGAAAAUUUCGGGGAUCUUUUAUUUCAGCCCACGAAACAUGGGACCAACACUUUGCAUGUUGCGUUCAUAUUUUUAUUCAGUAUAUGUAGCUCUCUACCUUACCAAUAAUAAGCAUAUUCUACCCCUCUUCUCUCCCUCACAGCCAUGGCAGCGUUGUCGGAGGAAGUGCUGCUGGUGGUGAAGAGGGUCCGACAGAGGAAGCAGGAUGGGACACUCUACCUGAUGGCAGAGAGGAUAGCCUGGGGACCAGAGGGGAAAGACCGUUUCACAGUCAGCCACCUGUAUGCUGACAUACGCUGUAAGUACUGAGUACCAGGCUACCGGCAGAACAGCUCACACAACACUUUGGCUUGGCUCAGUGUUGUGAAAGGGUAGUCUAUCUGUACUGCGCUGGUCUGGCUACCCCCCCCCCCAUAGUCUCUGAAGCCAUGCUGGAAAGGACAAUGUGAACAUUUUCAAGCACGGUGCUGUGAAAAGGGUAAUAGAGGUUCAUUGCUAUGAUUGGUUGAUGAUAGUUGUAAGACCUAGGCCUUUUCCCUGUUCAGGUCAGAAGAUCAGCCCAGACGGCAAGGCCAAGAUUCAGCUGCAGUUGGUCCUCCACACGGGGGAGAGCACCAACUUCCACUUCUCCAACGAGAGCACUGCCCUGAAGGACCGCGAUGCAGCCAAGGAUCUCCUCCAGCAGCUGCUGCCCAAGUUCAAGAAGAGGGCCAACAAGGAACUGGAGGAGAAGAACAGGUGGGUAGUAUUCACCAGAAACUAAACGGAACCAAACAGGGAGAGACUUACCUGAAUUUGUCCAUUAGAAAGACUUCUGUUCGAUGCGAAACGUUUUGCGAUGUUGUACGACUAAUGAAUACACCCCAGAUCUCCAUCGUUUCAACAUAACGGAAUGAUUCCAGAGCAAUGCCACUUAGCCUUAACUAGAUUGCAACAACAACAACAAAAUAGCCAGCUAAUAUUUACUUUUGCUUACAUGCUCUUAUAACUUGGAUCAUUUCUGACUACAAUAUGUUAUCAACCAAAGGCUGUUUGUGAUGUAUUGUUUUUCCCUCCCUCUCUAGAAUGUUACAGGAAGAUCCGGCGCUAAUAUUUACUUUUGCUUACAUGCUCUUAUAACUUGGAUCAUUUCUGACUACAAUAUGUUAUCAACCAAAGGCUGUUUGUGAUGCAUUGUUUUUCCCUCCCUCUCUAGAAUGUUACAGGAAGAUCCGGCGCUAAUAUUUACUUUUGCUUACAUGCUCUUAUAACUUGGAUCAUUUCUGACUACAAUAUGUUAUCAACCAAAGGCUGUUUGUGAUGUAUUGUUUUUCCCCUCCCUCUCUAGAAUGUUACAGGAAGAUCCGGCUCUGUUUCAGCUUUACAAGGAUCUGGUGGUGUGUCAGGUGAUCAGCGCUGAGGAGUUCUGGGCCAAUCGGCUGAGCGUAAACAACGUGGACCACUCCCUCUCCAACAACAAGCAGGAAGUGGGCAUCUCGGCAGCCUUCCUGGUGAGCUCGGCAAUAAUAGUGACUGUGUCCCCAAAAUGGUCAAAAGUAGUGCACUAUAUAAGGAAUGGGGUGCCAUUUGGGGACAAAACCAAUGUUUCCCAAAACGGUCAAACUGUCCCCGUGUCCCGUUUAUCCUGUCUUUCUGUCCAGCACAUGCUGACACCAGUCCGAUGCUUUCCAAUGUGCAGGGACUGCUGCACUAUUGCACAAUUCUGGAGAAAACAGAUUGUUUUGGGACACAGGGAGUGUGAAUGGUGGAGGAUGGAUAAAAUGGUGAUAUCUGUGUGUUAUUUCAGGCGGACAUCCGGCCCCAGACAGAUGGCUGUAACGGCCUGAGAUACAACCUUACCUCUGACAUUAUCGAGUCAAUCUUCAGGACGUACCCUGCAGGUAAGAUACCUCCCCUUCUCUGUCAUGGAAACCAAUGGGAAGAGUUGACACGACGUUGUCACUUCACCUACUUGGUGAUCGACCCGUAAUGAUUGGCCGUGCAUGCUAGAUGGGACUUUGGGCCCUGUUUGAAUACCUUUCCAAUAAAUGUAUGCAUGCAUGACUAAGUCGCUUUGGAUAAAAGCGUCUGCUAAGUGGCAUAUAUCAUUUAAAUUAUAUACACUGAGUGUACAAAACAUUAGGAACACCUUCCUAAUAUUGAGUUGCACCCCAUUUUGCCCUCAGAACAGCCUCAAUUCGUCGGGGCAUGGGAUUCGAAGUUGUCGAAAGCGUUCCACAGGGAUGCUGGCCCAUGUUGACUCCAAACUGUUGAGCAUGGAAAAACCCAGCAGCGUUGAAGUUCUUGACACAAACCGGUGCGCCUGGCACCUACUACCAUACCCCGUUCAAAGGCACUUAAAUAUUUUGUCUUGCCCAUUCACCCUCUGAAUGGCACAAAUACACACACACAAUCCAUGUCUCAAUUGUCUCAAUGCUUAAAAAUCCUUCUUUAACCUGUCUCCUCCCCUUCAUCCACACUGAUUUGAAGUGGAUUUAACAAGUGACAUCAAUAAUGGAUAAUAGCUUUCACCUGGUCAGUCUGUCAUGGAAAAUGCAGGUGUUCCUAAUGUUUUGUCCACUCAGUCUUUCAUCCUCACUAGGUUAUUCCUGAUCUGUACAUUAUUGGAUAAGGGAAGGUAUCCAAUCAGAUCAGUGAUUACAUAAGAUGUAUUUUUUUUUUUUACGUAUUCAAACAGGGCCAUGUUUUUUUUUGUUUUUAGCAUCACACCAGUGUCCUAUCUUGUCGUUGACAAACUUACCGUUUCCUCCCAGUGAAACAGAAGUACGGCGAGAACGUUCCUCAUAACAUGACAGAGAAGGAGUUCUGGACGCGGUUCUUCCAGUCCCACUACUUCCACCGAGACCGCAUCAACACGGGCCUGCAGGACAUCUUCUCCGAGUGUGCCAAGCAGGACGAGAAGGGUAGAGACACUGGGCUUAUAAAAACCUUUAUUCACAAGGUUAUCUUAUUGGUAAAGCCUCCAUCUUCUACACCUGAAGGGAGUGAUACCUACAUGUUGAUGCUGUAAUGAUUAGUGUCUGUUUUUUUUUAUGAUGCGCAUUUGCAUAUUCUGCAGGACUGAAGUCCAUGGUGGUCCAAGGAGUGAAGAACCCAAUGGUGGACCUGCUGUCACUGGAGGACAAGUCGUUAGAUGAGGUGACGUUACGUUAUUGGGUACCUUACACCAUUAGGAACCAAACAGGAUCUACCUGAAUUUGUCCCAAUAGAAAUUCUUGAUUUUGUUACAACUGUUUUUGCUAAUGGAUACAUCCCUGGGUUGUGUUCAUUAGGAUGCACUGUAGCAGUGCCUAAAAUGUAACACCUGCCAAAUGCAUUGGUGGGUAAGAUAUUUCACCAGCCAUGUUGGCGGUGUUGGUGAGGACUCCUUGGUGCUCGCAUUUCACUUUCACAUUUAUAGGAGAAUAAAUGCUGCACUAGCUGUUUUCAAAGUGUUUCUGACGUUUUUUUUGUUUCAUAGCUGGUAAAUUGAUCCACAAAGUCAAAAGAACUACAAAUCCUAUAGCCCAUCCCACCUCGCACUGCAGCACUGCCUGGCUGGGGGCUGUGUGAAGACCUGAGGAAAGAUUCAUUUUUAGAAGCACAGGCAUAAAAGUUGGAAAUUUACUUGAAACACCACAAAAGUCUAAAUGAAGUGAGACUUUGUCCUUUGCGUUUCUUGGCUAAAUGUAUAAUCCGGGGAUCAUUUCUGUAUUUUUUUUUUAAGUAACAUAUCUUGAAAACUUGAUUGCUGACAAGCAAAAUAUUUGGGGGACUAUGUCAACAAUGGACUAAUGAAACAAACACCAAAAUAAAGUUUUUGGAUGUAGUUUUCCUUUAAGUGUGAGUGAAUACAGUAUGGCGUUAAGCCACCAGGUCACUCCUCUACUACAACAUACUGGAUCUACAGCACACAAUCCUGCGUGUGUCUCUUCAGUCCCCGCUCUUCCAUAAGGUGUACUUUUAUCUGUUAAAAAAAAUAAUAAUCUGAUUUUACUGCUUGCGUGAGUUACUUGAUGUGGAAUAGAGUUCCAUGUAGUCAUGGCUCUGUGUUGUACUGUGCGCCUCCCAUAUUCUGUUCUGGACUUGGGGAAUGUGAAGAGACCUCUGGUGGCAUGUCUUGUGGGGUAUGCAUGGGCGUCUGAGCUGUAUGCUAGUGGUUUAAACAGACAGCACGGUGCAUUCAACAUGUCAAUAUGUCUCACAAAUACAAGUAGUGAUGAAGUCAAUCUCCUCUACUUUGAGCCAGGAGAGAUUGACAUGAAUAUUAUUGUUAGCUCUCAUGUACAUUUAACGACCAGCCGUGUUGCCCUGUUCUGGGCCAAUUGUAAUUUUCUUAAGUUCCUCUUUGUGGCAGCUGACCACACGACUGAACAGUAGUCCAGGUGCGACAAAACUAAGGCCCGUAGGACCUGCCUUUAGUUGAGGUUUAGUUAAUGAUUUGUCUCAAAUACAAAGCUUUUUCGUUUUUGAAAUAUUUAGGACUAACUUAUUUCUUGCCACCCGACUGCAGCUCUUUGUUAAUUGUUGCAAUGAAUUCACUUGCUGUGGUAGCUGAUAUGUAUAGUGUUGAGUCAUCGGCAUACAUAGACACACACGCUUUACUCAGAGCCAGUGGCAGGUCAUUUAGUAAAGGGGCCUAGACAUCUGCCCUGGGGAAUGCCUGACUCUACCUGGAUUAUGUUGGAGAGGCUUCCAUUAAAGAACACCCUGUGUGUUCUGUUAGACAGGUAACUCUUUAUCCACAAUAUAGCAGGGGGUGUAAAGCCAUAACAAGAACACAGAUCAACAGAAGAGAAACAGCAACAGAACACAGAUCCUUUUGGUUCAGAUAAUACCUCACUGUUUCACUCCUUUUUUUUUGUUGCCUGUUUCACAACCAAAGUUUAUAAUCUUCGGACAAAACGCAUGUGGUAUUUUGUUGGAGAGGUUGUGAGCAUUCAUUCACAUUCUAAUGCUGCCUGCCAGCUUACCAUCCCCAAUUCUUAACCUUAACCAUAAGGUGGGAAUACAGUUGGUCCUCUGUGGCUCAGUUGGUAGAGCAAGGGUCGUGGGUUUGAUUCCCGCUGGGGCCACCCGUGUGUAAAAUGUAUGCACACAUGACCAGGUGGCUUUGGAUAAAAGCGUCUGCUAAUGGCUUAUUAUAUUAUUCAGUAUGUCUCUGUCCAGGGUUAUGGGUCUAACUCCACCUUCUAUGUCCAACACUCAUCACUGUCCUCUCUCCAGGGUUAUGGGUCUAAUGCCACAGCACCGUCUACGUCCAACACUAACAAGACCGUGAAGGAGAACAGUAACUCCGCCAUCAUCAAGAGGUUCAACCACCACAGUACCAUGGUGCUGGCAGCAGGUUCCGGAAAGAAGGCGUGAGUUGAUGAUUUUAAGUACUUUCUUUCUCAAAAGUGAUCUUCACUGCGGACCCGUGUGCUAACCUAGUGGUCUGUCUGUUCGGUCUUCAUAGGGAUGCUCCUAACGAUCAGGCCUGUGAGACUAGCAGUACUGAUGGAAACUCUAGGGACUCAGACUUCUUCCAACCACCCAUUAAGAAGGUAUGGUAAUAUCUCUGUUAUUGUGAAGGCAAAUCAUUCAAGGUAAAGGCUCGCUUAGCGCUGAGCUUUAUAAAUAUACUGAACAAAAAUAUAAAACGCAACAAUUUCAACGAUUUUACUGAGUUACACGGGGGGUAUGAAAAAUAAAUAAAAUAAUGUAUGCACUCACUAACUGUGUAAGUCGCUCUGGAUAAGAGCGUCUGCUAAAUGACUAAAAUGUAAAUGCAAUAUAUGGAAAUCAGUCAAUUGAAAUAAAUUCAUUAGGCCCAAUCUAUUGAUUUCACUUGACUGGGAAUACAGAUAAGAAUCAAUUGGUCACAGAUACCUUUAAAAAGUAGGGGCGUGGAUCAGAACCAGUCUCUGGUGUGACCACCAUUUGCCUCAUGCAGUGCAUCAUAUCUCCUUCGCAUAGAUUGAUCAGGCUGUUGAUUGUGGAAUGUUGUCCCACUCCUCUUCAAUGGCUGGGCGAAGUUGCUGGAUAUUGGCGGGAACUGGAACACGCUGUCGUACACGUCGAUCCAGAGCAUCCCAAACAUGCUCAAUAGGUGACAUGUCUGGUGAGUAUGCAGGUCAUGGAAGAACUGGGACAUUUUCAGCUUCCAGGAAUUGUGUACCGAUCCUUGCGACAUGGGGCCGUGCAUUAUCAUGCUGAAACAUGAGUUGAUGGCGGCGGAUGAAUGGCACGACAACGGGCCUCAGGAUUUCGUAUUGGUAUCUGUGUGCAUUCAAAUUGGAAUCAAUCAAAUGGAAUUGUUCGUUGUCCGUAGCUUAUGCCUGCCCAUACCAUAACCCCACCGCCACCAUGGGACACUCUGUUCACAAUGUUGACAUCAGAAAACUGCUCACCCACACGACUCCAUACACGUGGUCUGCAGUUGUGAGGCCGAUUAGACGUACUGCCAAAAGGCGGCUUAAGGUAGAGAAAUUAACAUGAAAUUCUCUGGCAAUAGCUCUGGCGGACAUUCCUGCAAACAGCAUGCCAAUUGCACGCUCCCUCAACAUUUGAGACAUUUGUGGCAUUGUGUUGUGUGACAAAACUGCACAUUUUAGAGUGGCUUUUUAUUGUCCCCAGCACAAGGUGCACCUGUGUAAUGACCAUGCUGUUUAAUCAGUUUCUUGAUAUGCCACACCUGUCAGGUGGAUGUAUUAUCUUGGCAAAGGAGAAAUGUUCGCAAACAGGGAUGUAAACAAAUUUGUGCACAAAAUUUGAGAGAAAUAAGCCUUUUUGUACGUAUGAAACAUUUCUGGGAUCUUUUAUUUCAGCUCACGAAACAUGGGACCAACACUUUACGUUUUUUAUAUUUUUGUUCAGUGUACAUUAUGAGCAUUGACACAGUAAAAGCAUUAAUCUCACUGCUAUGCCUCUGCUAUAGGCACUCACCCUUUAUGAUGGUACAGAGAACCAUACAAUGUGCUUGCUUUCCAAGAUGAGUUGGCACUUUUGUUGUUAAAGCUGUGGUGGGAUAUUUCAGGUGAAAAUACAAGACGUCGUAGAGUACGAGGACCUUCACAAGGAGAACGGGAGGAAGACAGUCGCUCUGAACCUCAAGAAGUCUGACAGGUGGGUUGUAUAUCACUGAGUGGGUGCUCUGCUCUGUCUGGUGUGGUUGUUCAUGGACAUCAUACUUUGGAACUAGUAUGCUCUGGUUCUUUCUCUACCCCUGGUUCUUUCUCUACCCCUGGUUCGUUCUCUACCCCCUGGUUCUUUCUCUACCCCCUGGUUCUUUCUCUACCCCCUGGUUCUUUCUCUACCCCCUGGUUCUUUCUCUACCCCCUGGUUCUUUCUCUACCCCCUGGUUCGUUCUCUACCCCCUGGUUCGUUCUCUACCCCCUGGUUCUUUCUCUACCCCUGGUUCUUUCUCUACCCCUGGUUCGUUCUCUACCCCUCGUUUUUAACUGAAUGCAUCCAAAUAGUCGACUGUGUUCUCUCCAUGGUUGGAGUCGAAUUGAAGUCAGUCAAUUCAGGAAGUUAAUUUAAAUUUCCAUUCAAUAAUUUAAAAAAUGACAUAUAUUUUCAACGAUUUUCUCAAACUGAAAAGUAGAAGCUAUUUAAUUCUAAAUUUGUGCAAUUCUUUUUUUAAAUCACUUCCUGAACUGACUGCCUUCAAUUCUAAUCACUUCCUGAACUGACUGCCUUCAAUUUGAAUUGACCCCAACCCUGGUUCUCUCACAUACUCUCUAGUGAUGGGAAGUUCGGCUCUUUUUACAGUUUACCCCCCCCCCCCCCCCCCACCACCCGUCGUUCAGUCCCAAAAAACGAAUUGUUCGACUAAUUUCGUUCAUUUGAGUCAGUUAAUGCCCAGAGAGCACGCAGGAUGCCCCACCGGUGAACGAUAAAACUUUGAGUCAUGAUUCUAAAAGCCUCUCGUUCACAUGGCCUUCACCAUAAGGGGCUUACUGGAGCUGUCAUUUGUGACUGAGAGAUGAUUAUUUAUUGAUACAUUUGAAACAAGGUCUAGUUGUGGCCGCAACCAGACUAGAUUGUGAACAACUCUUGGCGGAAUGCAUUGCUUGACUGCUGUGAGAGUGAUGAGCACAAUAUCGUUCGCGAACUGCAGCCCCCCCCCCCCCCCCCCCAAAUGAUUCGUGCUUGAGUUUGUUGAGCAGAGGCUGUGUAUGUUUCGGUUCUACAAAGCUGCGUCCAUCAUAACAUUCAGUAAUCAAUUAGUUGCGUUCAUUGCACCAUGCGAUCACUUAUCAGUUCUAAACAAGUAUUUUUCUUCUCCUGCCACAUGAUCUAUUUCCCCUCGCGCCAGUUGCUGGUUACGGUACGUCUCCAGAGCCUCUUGAGUACGUAUUUAAUCCCGCUGUAGAAUUCGUUGCGGCCAGCAUGUCAAACAAACAACUAAAAUGAACAAGUCACUGGGGAAAAAGGAAAUCAUGACUGGAGUCAGUAAAAAGAGUAGUUAAAAUAGAAUGACUUGUUCGCCAACUGCACAUCACUAAUACUCUCAUGGUAAUGUCUGUAAAUUACGUCUCUGUUCUUCCAGGUACUCUCAUGGUAAUGUCUGUAAAUUACGUCUCUGUUCUUCCAGGUACUCUCAUGGUAAUGUCUGUAAAUUACGUCUCUGUUCUUCCAGGUACUCUCAUGGUAAUGUCUGUAAAUUACGUCUCUGUUCUUCCAGGUACUCUCAUGGUAAUGUCUGUAAACUACGUCUCUGUUCUUCCAGGUACUCUCAUGGUAAUGUCUGUAAAUUACGUCUGUUCUUCCAGGUACUCUCAUGGUAUGGUAAUGUCUGUAAAUUACGUCUCUGUUCUUCCAGGUACUCUCAUGGUAAUGUCUGUAAAUUACGUCUCUGUUCUUCCAGGUACUCUCAUGGUCCUGUGCCUCUCCUGCCCCAACAGUACACCACCAGUCAAGACAUCAUCAACUCUGUCAACUGUAUAAAGCAUGAAAUAGCCAGCUACAAGCCCUGCCUUACUCAGGUUAGAUACCACUCCGCUAGUCAGCUACAAGCCCUGUCUUACUCAGGUUAGAUAUCACUCUGCUAGCCAGCUACAAGCCCUGUCUUACUCAGGUUAGAUAUCACUCUGCUAGCCAGCUACAAGCCCUGUCUUACUCAGGUUAGAUACCACUCUGCUAACCAGCUACAAGCCCUGUCUUACUCAGGUUAGAUACCACUCUGCUAGCCAGCUACAAGCCCUGCCUUACUCGGGUUAGAUAUCACUCUGCUAGCCAGCUACAAGCCCUGUCUUACUCAGGUUAGAUACCACUCUGCUAGCCAGCUACAAGCCCUGCCUUACUCGGGUUAGAUAUCACUCUGCUAGCCAGCUACAAGCCCUGUCUUACUCAGGUUAGAUACCACUCUGCUAACCAGCUACAAGCCCUGCCUUACUCAGGUUAGAUAUCACUCUGCUAGCCAGCUACAAGCCCUGUCUUACUCAGGUUAGAUAUCACUCUGCUAGCCAGCUACAAGCCCUGCCUUACUCAGGUUAGAUACCACUCUGCUAGCCAGCUACAAGCCCUGCCUUACUCAGGUUAGAUACCACUCUGCUAGCCAGCUACAAGCCCUGUCUUACUCAGGUUAGAUAUCACUCUGCUAGCCAGCUACAAGCCCUGCCUUACUCAGGUUAGAUACCACUCUGCUAGCCAGCUACAAGCCCUGCCUUACUCAGGUUAGAUACCACUCUGCUAGCCAGCUACAAGCCCUGCCUUACUCAGGUUAGAUAUCACUCUGCUAGCCAGCUACAAGCCCUGCCUUACUCAGGUUAGAUACCACUCUGUUUCUCCACUAAUCUCUGAAAUCCAGAACUAAAAUCUUGCGUUAUUGCGUCAGAGGCUCGAUUUAGGUUCUAGGGAGGAGAGGUUGAGAGAAAGAUACUAAAGUAUGUUUGUUUGUUGAAUUCUGUUUAUUUGUUCGAAAGGUAUUUUUACCAGUUGUGAUCCUCCCUUUACAGGUGAUGUCCAGCAGUACAGCCAGUUGUGCCAUCGCUGCCCUCUCCCCAGGGGGUAUUCUCAUGCAGGCGUUAGCACAGCAAGCCAUUAACCGUGAGUUUACUGAUGCCAUUUGUUCAAAUUUAUUUACCUAAUGAGUAGAUUUAAAAUCUGGCUCGCCUAUUAGGAUUGUGCUUCAUCAUCUGAUGAAGAGGUUGGAAGACGUUAGUUUUGUAAAUGCACCCACCCAGUCAGUCAGGCGUCGGCCAUUUGUCAGUCAGUUAUCUGUCAUCAGUCAGUCGGUCAGCCGUCACUCAUUCGUCGGUCAGCCGUCAGUCAGCCAUCCGUCAGCCAGCCAUACAUCAGCCAGUGGUCAGUCAUCCGUAAGUCAACCGUCAGUUGUCCGCCAGCCGUCAGCCGGUCAUCAUGAAUCGAUUUUCUGACCAAUGCAUGCUACAUUUGGAUCGAUUUCUGACUAAUGCAUGCUACAUUUGGAUCGGUUUGGGGUCCGCAGACCGACGCAGUCUUAACUGAAACAUUUUAAUUGGGGACUGAUGCGUAUCGGUGAAUCGUUACAUCCGCCGGUCGUCCGUCAGUCAGUCAUCAACACAGAUGUUCUCUUAUGUUGUGUUAUUGCUUGUUUCUUGGUUACAGAGAUGGUGCCCAGUGACGUCCAGGGGGAGCUGAAGCAUCUGUACACGGCUUCUGGGGAGCUGCUGAGACACUUCUGGUCCUGUUUUCCUGUGAACACACCCUUUCUGGAAGAGAAGGUGACUACUGCUUGAAGGGGCAAUCUGCAGUUCAAACAAUAACAAAGCUGCUACCCCACCACUGUUUUGAUAAACAGUUGAGGAAUAUCGCUGGAGAAAUGUUAACCACUCUCAAAUCCUUUUACCAUCCAUCUACUGCCUACUGCAACCCUAGGUCUAUAAUCGUGUGGGCUGUCAGUACAGAUGUAAUGAUUCACCGAUACGCAUCGGUCCCCGAUUCAAAAGUUUAAGAUGGUACUGCUUCGGUCCGCGGACCCCAAACGAUCCAAAUGUAGCAUGCAUUGGUCAGAAAAUCGAUUCAAACAUUAGGAAUUGCUGAUUCACGAAAAUGUUCUGUUCAUAUUACUUUUUUUGUACCUUUUGAAAAAUGUAUUUUGUGACAACUGGUGCGUCCCCUGUGGGGUGUCUCUGAUCUGGUGGGGGUAGAUGUCUAGUCUCCAUUAUGACUCUAAUCUGGUAGUGGGGGGGUAGAUGUCUAGUCUCCAUUAUGGCUCUAAUCUGGUAGUGGGGGGGUAGAUGUCUAGUCUCCAUUAUGGCUCUAAUCUGGUAGUGGGGUAUUAGAUGUCUAGUCUCCAUUAUGGCUCUAAUCUGGUAGUGAGGUGGUAGAUGUCUAGUCUCCAUUAUGGCUCUAAUCUGGUAGUGGGGUGGUAGAUGUCUAGUCUCCAUUAUGGCUCUAAUCUGGUAGUGGGGUAUUAGAUGUCUAGUCUCCAUUAUGGCUCUAAUCUGGUAGUGGGGUAUUAGAUGUCUAGUCUCCAUUAUGGCUCUAAUCUGGUAGUGGGGUAUUAGAUGUCUAGUCUCCAUUAUGGCUCUAAUCUGGUAGUGAGGUGGUAGAUGUCUAGUCUCCAUUAUGGCUCUAAUCUGGUAGUGGGGUGGUAGAUGUCUAGUCUCCAUUAUGGCUCUAAUCUGGUAGUGGGGUGGUAGAUGUCUAGUCUCCAUUAUGGCUCUAAUCUGGUAGUGGGGUGGUAGAUGUCUAGUCUCCAUUAUGGCUCUAAUCUGGUAGUGGGGUGGUAGAUGUCCAGUCUCCAUUAUGGCUCGGAUCAGGAGGGGGGUAGAUGUCCAGUCUCCAUUAUGACUCUAAUCUGAUAGUGGGGUGGUAGAUGUCUAGUCUCCCUUAUGGCUCAGAUCAGGUGUACAUACAUAAUUUACACACUCACAGUCCGCUCGGACAGAUCCAGGCCACACACACACACACAGCCAAUCAAAUGCAUUUAUAAAGCUCCUUUUUACAUCCCCAUAUGUCAGAAAGUUCUUAUACAGAAACUAAGCCUAAACCUCAAAAGAGGAUCCAGAGAGGCUCCAGCCCAGAGGCUCAGACGGCUCCAGCCCAGAGGCUCAGACGGCUCCAGCCCAGAGGCUCAGACGGCUCCAGCCCAGAGGCUCAGACGGCUCCAGCCCAGAGGCUCAGACGGCUCCAGCCCAGAGGCUCAGACGGCUCCAGCCCAGAGGCUCAGACGGCUCCAGCCCAGAGGCUCAGACGGCUCCAGCCCAGAGGCUCAGACGGCUCCAGCCCAGAGGCUCAGACGGCUCCAGCCCAGAGGCUCAGACGGCUCCAGCCCAGAGGCUCAGACGGCUCCAGCCCAGAGGCUCAGACGGCUCCAGCCCAGAGGCUCAGACGGCUCCAGCCCAGAGGCUCAGACGGCUCCAGCCCAGAGGCUCAGACGGCUCCAGCCCAGAGGCUCAGACGGCUCCAGCCCAGAGGCUCAGACGGCUCCAGCCCAGAGGCUCAGACGGCUCCAGCCCAGAGGCUCAGACGGCUCAUGAGCUCCAUCAGCAGCAGAUUUUAAUGUAGAAUGGAAAAUGUGUUUAUGCAACAAACGGAAAAUGUAUGUGUUUAUGCAACAAAUGGAAAAUGUGUGUUUAUGCAACAAACGUUAGUGCGUCAAAUCGUAUCGCAUCAAUCCGUUCUCUAAUCAAACCGAAUUGCACCGACUUGUUUAAAAGUCAUAUUUAUCGUUCCUGUAUCGUAUCGGAGCCUGUGUGUCUAGAUACGCAUUGAAUCAUCUUGGAGGGAAAAGAUGCACAUCCCUUGCUGUCGGUCAUUGCAUCCAUGGGUCAAUCUAUGAAUUUGAUUUCAUUCUUACUUCCCUUUCUAUGACCUUUCAAAGCAGGAAGUGAAGGCCAGGGCAGGAAAAACUCAUGACAAUAGAGCCGGUAACGCUGGGCCCCCAUGUAGCUCAGUGGGUAGAGCAUGGCGCUUGCAACGCCAGGGUUGUGGGUUCGAUUCCCACGGGGGACCAGUAUGGAAAAUGUACGCACUCACUAAACUGUAAGUCGCUCUGGAUAAGAGCGUCUGCUAAAAUGACAAAAAUGUAACUCUGUUGCCGGUAACUCUUGCACGUCUUUUCUCCUGUGUGUAUCAGGUGGUGAAGAUGAGGGCCAACCUGGAGAGAUUCCAGAUGACCAAGCUCCGCCCCUUCCAGGAGAAGAUCCAGCGUCAAUACUUGAGUACUAACGUAAGGCCCCAGCCUAGAGACUCAUCAUUUUUUCUAAUCGGGUAUCUAAUAGUGUUAAUACUAAUAGUAUGAGACCUUUUUUUUUAAGAAUACAAUUUCUCCAAGUGCUAUAGGGAGGUCCUGUCUGGAUUAGUUGGUAGAGCACGGCAGGGUUGUGGGUUUGAUUCCCAAAUCUGCUGCACCCAUAUGAAAAAUGUAUGCGUUCAUGACUGUAAGUCGCUUUGGAUAAAAGUGUCUGCUAAAUGGCAUAUGUUAAAAAUAAUACUAUAGACUACCUUUUUCAAAGAGCACCUUGCAUACUCAGUCUACAGAGUUUUUAUUUUAUUUUUAAAGACUGUAACCCUUGAGAUAGCUCCAGCAUAUUAUCUCUUCUUCCGCUCAGAAUAAGAUGCCUUUUGUUUUAAAUCUCUCCCACAGCUUACUGGUCACCUGGAGGACAUGUUUCAGAUGGCCUACAAUAAAUUCCACGCCUGGCAAACACGUCGGAUGAUGAGGAAAACCUGAGAGGAGAGAAACGAACGGAUGGCUUGUCAGAGAGAAUGGAAGGAUGACGAAAGAAAGAAAGAAUGAAUGAAUG